CUCAGAUCUCAGCCUUUUGAGUAGGCAGGAUUACAGGUGCAAGCCACCUAUGGCUGGCAAAACAGGGUUGCUUUACCACAGGAAUUGUUGUAAAGCCUACAGUAUUCAUUUAAAAUUUAGCCUAUUUUGGGUUUGAUUUCUAGGACUGCAAAAAAGUAAAAUAAAAUCAGUGUAGUCUAUGUAUAGCCAUGGUCAAAUGAUCCUUUAUAUUAGGAAGAUAAAGACAAAAUUAACAUAAUUAAAUAUUUCUUCAAAGGAAGAUGAAAUAUUUAAGUGGUUGGUAAUUUUUAAAAGCUGAUUAAAUAUAACCCUAGUGAGGAAAGGCAUAAAAAUCAAACAGAUUGUAUUUAUGACAUUUAAAAAGAUGACAUGAUAACAUUUAGAAAAGAACAGUGAAAUGCAGGAAUUAAAAAUAGUCAAAUUAAUGUCUUAGAAAUCUAUCCAUGAAGAUCAAAUCCAUUUUCAGCACGUGAAAAGAAUAUAGAAGGCAUUAAAUCAAACCACAGAUUCUCUUAAUGAGGAAAAUGUUGAAAUGUGAAAGCCAAAGUCAGAAAAUUACAGGAAAAAGUAGAGGCCAGCUCUAAUUUUACAUGAGGUAUUCCAUUCUAUAGCAAAUAUGAGCUAUAGAGGUAUGCUCAGUCUGUAAAUUAAAAAAAAAUUAUCCAUUCUGUUGCGUAUGCACCUCUUGCAAUAAAUUUGAGUCAGCACCAAUGACGGCUCUGCAGUCUUCUUAUGUGGGGCUGAUCAGGUGGUUGCAGAGCUUCAGCUCACAGCAACACAAUGCAGCUGAGCAGGCAAGCGCAGCCCACAGCCAGAAGCCGUUCCGACUCUCCAGAACAAGACGACCUUUAAGCCUCAAGUUUCCUGGAGAAAAUGAGAUGCUGAUGCUGAAGACCACACUGUGGCUUUGGUGGAAUAUCAGAUAUUGAAAAUGUCUCCCUGCUUGUUCAUCCUUCUGUCUCUCACACCUGGUAUUUUAUGCAUUUGUCCUCUCCAAUGUAUAUGCACAGAGAGGCAUAGGCAUGUGGACUGUUCAGGCAGAAACUUGACUACAUUACCAUCGGGACUGCAAGAGAAUAUUAUACAUUUAAACCUGUCUUAUAACCACUUUACUGAUCUGCAUAACCAGUUAACCCAAUAUACCAAUCUGAGGACUCUGGACAUUUCAAACAACAGGCUUGAAAGCCUGCCUGCUCAGUUACCUCGGUCUCUUUGGAACAUGUCUGCUGCUAACAACAACAUUAAACUUCUUGACAAAUCUGAUACUGCUUAUCAGUGGAACCUUAAGUAUCUGGAUGUUUCUAAGAAUAUGCUGGAAAAGGUUGUCCUGAUUAAAAAUACCCUAAGAAGUCUCGAGGUUCUCAACCUCAGUGGUAACAAACUUUGGACAGUCCCAACCAACAUGCCCUCCAAACUACACAUUGUGGACCUGUCUAAUAAUUCCUUGACACAAAUCCUUCCAGGAACAUUAAUAAACCUGACAAGUCUCACACAUCUUUACUUGCAUAACAAUAAGUUUACAUUCAUUCCAGAUCAAUCAUUUGACCAACUCUUGCAUUUGCAAGAGAUAACUCUUUACAAUAACAGGUGGUCAUGUGACCAUACACAAAAUAUUACUUACUUACUAAAGUGGAUGAUGGAAACAAAUGCUCAUGUGAUAGGGACUCCUUGUUCUAAACAAAUAUCAUCUCUGAAGGAACAUAACAUAUAUCCCACACCUCCUGGAUUUACCUCAAGCUUGUUUACUGUAAGUGGAAUGCAGACAGUGGACACCAUUAACUCUCUGAGUAUGGUGACUCAACCCAAAGUGACCAAAAUACCCAAACAAUAUCGAACAAAGGAAACAACAUUUGGUGUCACACUAAGCAAAGACACCACCUUUACUAGCACUGAUAAGGCUUUGGUGCCCUAUCCAGAAGAUACAUCCACAGAAACGAUCAACCCACAUGAAGCAGCAGCUGCAACUCUAACUAUUCAUCUCCACGAUGGGAUGGUUACCAACACAAGCCUCACUAGCUCAACAAAAUCAUCCCCAACACCCAUGACCCUAAGUAUCACUAGUGGCAUGCCAAAUAAUUUCUCUGAAAUGCCUCAACAAAGCACAACCCUUAACUUACGAAGGGAAGAAACAACUGCAAAUGUAAAGACUCAAUUAUCUGUGGCAAGUGCUUGGAAAGUAAAUGCUUCAUUUCUCUUAAUGCUCAAUGCUGUGGUUAUGCUGGCUGUCUGAGGGUCUACAUUUUCUGAAACUAAUGAAAGCAUCCUCCCUGAUGUACAGUUGGAAAAAUAAGUCCCUAUCUAACCACUGAUCCAAGCUAUAUUAAGUAUACAGGAAGUCAGUGUUACAUUUCUGACUCUGAUGUAAAUGAAGUAACUUGUCUUAAAAGAAGUGCAGUGUCUUGGUACUUGCUGCUAUUUUACUGUCUUAAGUAAAACUAAUGAGUUUCUUUUAAAAAAAAAGAAAUGCUUUCUUUUUAAGGCUUCAAUUCAUUGCAUAAAUAUAAGGCAUCUAAACUUUAAUAUGUAUUUUAUGUAUGUUUACACUGUCAAAUGUCUGGGGAAAAAAUAAAAGGUCUAUGCUCA